UGUUUAUGAAACUCCUUUGAGAACCAGACGUUUGUAUCGUAGACAUAUUUGAUCAAAAAGCAAAAGGUUUGAGUAACCCUCAGAUCUUUUAUUAUCAGCAAACAGAUGAUGCUUGAAAGCAAACCCUCUGGCACCUCUGAAGUUUAAUAGGUAACUUAGUAAGGCUUGAACACAAUUUAUAAAGAGAACCCACGCCCACCUGAGAACAGUCUAUCCUAUAUCUCUUAGAAUAUCAACAAGAGACUGAAAAAUGAGGCUGCUGAUAGUUUCUUUUCUUUUGGCAUCCUGCUUCCUGAGCUCACAAAGUAUAAUGGUUACGGACAGCGGGUUUAGCUUUACGCUGGAGGCUGUAAAGAUUCUGAAGCAGCUGAUGGGAGCUCUUGAAAAUGAAUAUCCUAAUCUCACUGCAAGCACUCCAGUGCCUCUUUGUGUUAACUCAGAUCUCCCAGAAGAGUUCCUGGAAGUGUGCCAGCAAGAUGACCAUGACAGAAUCUUUGCAAAUCUGGUUCAAAUCAUCACACCGCUAGACCCAUGUGAGAUCUGUGUCAAUGCUGCCUGCACUGGAUGCUUGUUCAAUACGAUUUAACUCACCCGUUCUCUGUGAAGCAUGUUUUUAUCUUGCUCUGCUUUUUUCUUUGGUUGGUUGCUUGUUUGAGAAGUGAGGAAGAGUCUUUUUACUAUAUUAUUGUAAAAAAAAAAAACAUAUUUUUGUAGCUAAGUUUUAACCAGUACAUCUCUAUGUGAGCCCAUAACUCCCCAAAUGCACAUUGGAAGUGAAUAAUUGUAUAAGAUGUUUUUGUAUGCUGUAGCAUAAAAACUUCCCUUCACUGGAACUAUAAGAGCCAAAUCUGUUGCAGCAUGGCAAAUGUGUACAUAGCAAAAUCCAUGAAAACAUGGUUCGCCAAGGUUGUAGCGGAAGAACUUGAUUGGUCUGCACAGAGCCCUGACCUCAACUUCAUUGAACACUUUCGGAAUGAAAUGGAAUACCGACUGCAUCCCAGACCUCCUCACCAAACAUGUGUGCUUGACCUCGCUAAUGCUCUUACGGCUGAAUUAGGCUGAAUCAGCCACAUUCAAAAAUCUAGGGAAAACCUUCCCAGGAGAACUGAGACUAUUUAAACAGGAAAGGGUGUUUAAAAAAAAUUGGAAUGGACUAUUUAAAAUUAACAUAAUUUGUGACAGUCAGGUAUCCACAAUGUUUUUCAUAUUCUGUAUAUACUUUUAUUACAAUGUAAUGUUUGUACUGCAUUAUAUAAUGUUCUGUUUUCUGCCAUUUCACAUUUACCUGUUUUCAUUUAACCUGUAAUCGUCAUUUAAAACAUAGUCAGUAGUUUAUCCAUAAUAUCAAUGCUCUCCACUGUACCAUGAUGGCUAUUUAGGCCAUAUAAAGUGAAUACUAUGCUAUCUACUUAUCAAAGCACUCACUUAUGGGCUGCAAAGCUUUUGACAAGAAUCACUUUUAGUGUGGGGGCUAUAUAUAAUAUACAUAUUGUUUAGAAAGUAUAGUCAUUUCUGAAUCUGAAAAAUGGCAGAUAGAUAGAUAGAUAGAUAGAUAGAUAGAUAGAUAGAUAGAUAGAUAGAUAGAUAGAUAGAUAGAUAGACAGACAGGCAGGUUGGUAGAUAGAUAGAUAGAUAGAUAGAUAGAUAGAUAGAUAGAUAGAUAGAUAGAUAGAUAGAUAGAUAGAUAGAUAGAUAGAUAGAUAGAUAGAUAGAUAGAUAGACAGA